GUGAGUGAGGAGGUUUUCGAUGAGUUCAAAACAUAUUAUGAAAACAAAAUAAAUGAGGAACGCAAGUUGAGAAAGAGAACGGACACCUUCUGGGGUAUGUUCCGCACGCCGCGUUUGCGCAAAGUUACCAUAAUCAUGAUUAUAAAAUGCAUGUUCAUCUCGCUGGCUCUGGAUGUUAUCAGCCGGAAUAUGGAAGGCAUGGGCACCUCACCCUUCAUUCUCUUCUCUGCUACUUCCAUUGUCUACAUUGUGGGCUGUCUAACUAUCAUUCUGCUACAAAAUCGCAUCGGACGCAAGGGCAUGGCCUUUAGUACACUCUCUGUUAGUGGGAUUAUUAUUGCCACUAAUGCUUUUAUGAUUGCUUUUCUUGAUACCGAGCAAAAUGCUACACUUUUUGCUAUUAUGGUUGGUCUGAGUCGGUUAGGCGUUGUGGCGAGCUAUGAGGCAGAAGCGCAAUAUAUUUCGGAAUUCAUACCGACAACUGUUCGCGGUCGAGGCAUGGCCAAUGUUCAUGUUGCAGGUUUUGCCGCGGCUGCACUCAACUCUUAUGUGAUAUAUUUAGGAUACUUCUACAAACCGCUGCCAUCGAUUUGCAUGUCUGUAAUAGUGUUCAUGGGCGCUCUUCUAUGUCUCGCAUUGCCGGAGACCAUGAAUCAAAAAUUGCCACAGACAUUGAAAGAUGGCGAGGAGUUCGCGCGUCAUCAACGCUGGUACUACUUUCCAUGCUUCGAUAAGAAAAAGGAUACCAAAACACCUGAGAUCACGGACAGAUUUUAAAACAGUGUGCUGCCGAGGAAUUCUGUAACGUUCAAAUUAGUGAAAUUUGUGUUAGAAUGUUGUAUGCGUAUCUGAUUUGUUGUGGUUGUUAUUUUAACAUUGUUAGCUAAUGCAAAAAUUUUUAGGAAGUAUGUUUUAGCAAAGCAAGU